CGGCCGGGCCGGGCCGUGCGGGCGCUGUGCGGCCUCUUCCUCCUCGGUGUCCUCCUGCUCCCUCAGCAUCCCGGCCGCGCCGAGCGCGCCCCCGGCUCGCACCUGGACGACUCUGCCAUCGCAGCAGAGUUCUGCCGCAUCGACCAGGCGCUGUGCCACGACGAGGACGAGCAGCUGAGCUUCGAGGCCGUGCGCAACAUCCACAAGCAGAUGGACGACGACGCCAACGGCAACGUGGACGUGGAGGAGAGCGACGAGUUCUUGAGGGAAGACUUGAAUUACCAUGACCCAGCAGUCAAGCACAGCACUUUCCAUGGAGAAGACAAGCUCAUCAGUGUGGAGGAUCUCUGGAAGGCCUGGAAAACAUCUGAAGUGUACAACUGGACCGUGGAUGAGGUGGUGCAGUGGCUCAUCUCCUACGUGGAGCUGCCCCAGUACGAGGAGACCUUCCGGAAACUGCAGCUGAGCGGCCACGCCAUGCCAAGGCUGGCAGUGAACAACGCCACCAUGAUGGGCACGGUGCUGAAGAUGACCGACCGCAGCCACCGGCAGAAGCUGCAGCUGAAGGCUCUGGACACGGUGCUCUUCGGGCCCCCUCUCUUGACUCGUCACAACCACCUCAAGGACUUCAUGCUGGUGGUGUCCAUCGUCAUCGGCGUGGGCGGCUGCUGGUUCGCCUACAUCCAGAACCGCUACUCCAAGGAGCACAUGAAGAAGAUGAUGAAGGACCUGGAGGGGCUGCACAGGGCUGAGCAGUCUCUGCACGACCUGCAGGAGAGGAGCCCGGGGAGCUGGUGCUGGCCUGACCUCAGUGCCUCCUCAGUGCCUCCUCAGUGCCUCCUCAGUGCCUCCUCAGCCCCUCAGCAGGUGCGCAUGGCCCUGAAGAACGCCGAGAAGGAGCUGGAGUCCCACAGCAGCUGGGCGGCGCCCGAGGCGCUGCAGAAGUGGCUGCAGCUGACACACGAGGUGGAGGUGCAGUACUACAACAUCAAGAAACAGAACGCAGAGAAGCAGCUGCUGGUGGCCAAGGAAGGGGCUGAAAAGAUCAAAAAGAAGCGAAACACCCUUUUUGGGACGUUCCAUGUUGCUCACAGUUCCUCUCUGGAUGAUGUUGAUCACAAAAUCCUAACUGCCAACCCCAUCGACCCCGGCUGGAUGGGCCCCGCCCGCCACAACCCCUCCCACCUCAUCAUCACCGACGACGUGGACGACCUGGACGAGGAGCUGGUGUCACCCCUGUCCAUGCAAUAUGCAGCCUGGCUUUUGGGGCGCAGGUUCAGCGACCGCUCCUCGCUGUCCUCGGAGGAUCAGUCCCUCUGGAAAUACCCUGGUUUGGUUCUCUUCAAUUAUAUUUUCCUUUUUUAUUAUUAUUCUGCCCUCUGGCCUUCUUCUGGACUAAAAUACCUCCACCAGUUUUCCAUCUUUCUGCCACGGGAACUAAUGACUGUAUCUGUGCUCACUGCACUAACCCCAGGAAGAGUCUGGUGGGAUGAAGAAUCUCAGCUGCAGCUCCUGGUGCAGCUAGUUAGGGAAUCUGGAGGCUUGGACUCACUCCGUUUUACCCUGAGGUGGAGACUGAGGUCCCAGAUGGCAUUGCUGGGAUGGCACCACUCCGGACACGGACCCGCCUGCGGCGAGCCGGGCGCCGGCGCCGCCGCCUCCUGCUCCUCCUGCUCCUGCAGCUCCACCGCUCCCGCUUGCCACCUCCACCCCAUCUAUUACCAUCACACCGCCUCUUAUUUCCUCCAGAUGGACUCCACCCCCGACCUGCCCCCUCCCGAUGUCACCUCUGGAGCUGCCUGUCGCGCGGGGAGCUUUGGGUACAUUGCUGUUUCUUCUCCUGCUGCCGCGCCUCACGCUGCCGGGUGCUCCUCUCUCACGCUGCUGCCCUCCUCUCUCGGGCCCCCAUCCCCUGACUUACCUGCUUCUCUUCCUCUCCCGAGCUGCUGGAGCCUCGGAGGAGGAUCCCAAGGGGCGUUGCCGAGGUGCUCUGCUGCUGUUUUACUCCAGCUGGGCAAAUGAGAAUUCCCGGUGCUCGGUGUUCCCUGAGCGAGGGGAUGUGAGCGGGCAACAGAUCACCUAACCUGGCCUGGUUUGCAGCCUGCACCUCGUGGGUCCUCACGAGUGAAUUGCAAACAGAACAUGGUGGGAGGCACCAGGAGGCAGCAGUAGGAGAAAUUUGGGAUGGUUUUCAGAGGUGCUAGAGUGGCAGUUCAGGAAUGUGCUCUGCAGUGACCCCACCUCUGGUAGAGAUGAGGAAUGGGGGUGUUCAGGCUAAGGAAUGUCUGAGGAGGGAGUGGGAGCUGCUUUUGUUGGCUUUAGCUUGGUCCCUUUCAGUUGGAGAGCUGGCCCAUCCCAGGGACAGGUUAU